UGGCCAGACGCGACCCCCAAGGCAAAACAAAACGCGAGAAGACGUGUUUUUCCUUGUUAUGCUGAGUCCGGUGGGGGAUUUGCGAGGGAAGUAUUGGCCAACGCGUAAUUUACACGUCAGCUUUUUUUUCAUAGUGCAAGGGGGUGUGGGUGUUGGGUUGAAUGCGAUGCGUUGGGGGGGUUGGAUGAUGGUGAGUGCUGAAUGUGUUGGGAGGGCGAGUGCUGAAUGUGCCGAUGUUGAGCGUUGGAUGGGAUGUAGAAUGCGAUGCCAGGACGAUAUCGGGCCAAGUGAGGACAGCACUACGGCUCCUGCCAUCUCCCCGCACCAACAAAGAGAUCGCUCGGCAUGCAGCCACAUGCAGAUGCAUUGUUUUGGUCGGCGCCGGCUCGGUUGGGGACAUGGCGUUGAGGAUCGCCUCCUGUCAGCCCAGCCAGCCCAGCCAGCCAGCCCGGCCCGCAAAGGGGCGAAAGAUGAGAUGCAUGUGGGAUCAACAACAGCAACCUACCAACGCCGUGGGAGGCCGAGGUCGCAGUCGCGACCAGAGUCGAUGUUGCUGUUGGCACCGGGACAGCCGCCGAAACAGCAGCGGCAGCAUCGGCCGCCACCGACGAGCGGGUUUUCUUGCUCACUUUGCUGACCACAGCGCCGCCCAUCUCGUCGUUCUUUCUCUUGGACUGCAUGGUGAUUGUCGAGUCGUGUGCGGAUGGCAGUUGUGGGGGUUGAGCAGGUUAGGAUCACGAUCGGCGAGGUCGUCGAUAUUGGCAGGUGCGAUGCCGGGGCUGGAGUCGAGAGGGUGGGAGGUCUGGCGAUCGCAGUCGAGAUAUCCAAGGAAGCGACGGGAAGCCUGUUCGCGCUCGGGGACCUAUUCUGCCAUCAGCUAUCUGGUGCGGCUCCGGUAUCGGAUCGAUGGGCGUGGAUGCAGCAACUAUCUGAUGCAACGGCGGUCCUGUCGAUCGGCCAUGAUCCGCUGUCCUGCGACCAUGGCCGAUCGACAGGGACUCCCGCGGACUGACCCUUUGAUCGUCAUCCUCAACUCUGACCCGCGCAAAUACUGGUCCUCUACACCCUGCGACGCUUAUCCGAUCCAUCUGCCUCCCCAUCGCCUCCUCUCAGCGCCUACCGGAUGUUGAUGCGUUUGUGCGGAUGGAUGAUGUCGACGGCAAGCGCUGGGCGGGACGGUGAUCUGUGUCGGCCGUCCGUCACGUGCACACGCGUCCCGGCUUUGUGCUGGCGAU